AUGGAAGGCACUCACUGCACCCUCCAAUUGCGUAAGCCCAUUACCGAACUCUGCUACAUCAGCUUCUAUCUUCCGAGGGGGGAAGUCAGAGGAUUUUCGUACAAGGGCACCAUAGCUCUAGACAGAUCCAGUAAAGCGUUUCAUAACUGCUACCAAGUCAGGGCGGGGUCCGACAUCAACAGCCUCAGCAGCCAGCCGACCGAACAUCCAGGCGACAUAUUUUUCAAGCCAACUCCCACGAAAGACAUUCUAACUGAGCUGUACAAACUCACGGCCGAGAGGGAGAGACUGCUGGCCAAUCUGCUGAGCUCAGACCACAUCCUGGGCAUUACGAUGGGGAACCAGGAGGGGAAGCUGCCGGAGCUCUCUGUGAGCCUGGCCUCCGAGGACGACUGUUUCCAGAGUGGUGGCCACUGGCUGGGGGAGCCCCCCGUGGGCUCUCUCAAUAAGAGGAGCUCCCACGGGAACAAAAAGGCCCGGAGGUUUGGUGGAAGGAGAGAGAGCUUUGAGGGGCUCUCCCAAAACCCCCUGCAGAAGAGGACAAGACGAAAGGGGCAUGGGGGCCAGGGGUUGCCCCCUCUGAUGGGGAAGGACCAGAUCUGUUCCAGCAACGCCCUUCCUCUUUCUCAAACAAGGCCUCAUCUUUGGCUCCUAGAGGAGAGAGGCAACUUGCUUCCAAAUGGAGCACUCACCUCUUCCCUACAGAGGAGGGUGAGCUGCACCCCAGAGAUCCCCAGGACACUUGAUGCUGACUCCGCCUUGGGGAGCUUCAAGAAGGCUUCUGAGGUUGCGGGGCAUGGAAGAGGCGGGCUGCCCCCCAAAUGCAGCUCCACAGAGCCAGGAGAUGCUGGUGCCGGGGGGCCCCAGAGGGGCCCUCGCAGGCUGGCGCAUCUGCAAACAGGUUCGACCGAAAGUCACAAGGAGCCCGAGAAACAUGCAGAGGCAGAGGGGGGCCGGACAGAGAAGGCUGCUGAACGGACUUGCAGGAAGAAGCCUAUUUCCAAAGUGGUGGCCAAAGUCCAGGAUCUGUCUGCUCAGGUGCAACGAGUAGUUAAAACGCAUCCUGAGGGUGAGGAAAGGGUUGCCGUUUGCCCAGCAGCCCAAGCUGAGUUCAUACCCAGCGCAGACUUGCUCACCCUCCCGGAAGCUGAGGCUGGGGCUUGGGGUGUCAGCUGCUGGGGCAAGGAGCAGAGAACGGACAGGUCAUGGCAGCCAUCCGCUGAGGAGUGUCCCCUAGCCAGCAUUGAGGGGGCUGUGAACAAGGUGCUCCUGAAGGUGAUAGAGAGCGAGAAAUUAGAUGAAGCCACCGAGGGGAAACGGCUGGGAUUUCCCUUCGGGACGACAGCCACCCAUACCCUCCCAGAAACCGGCAGCAAGAGGGGAGCUGGGCUGCUUCUGAGUGGCCACAAAACCUUGUUUCUGGAUCUGCCCCGCGGUGCGGACCCUGGAGGUGAUGAGAAGAGGCCAGCACCCCCAGCACUGGCAGCUCUCGGCACGGUAUUUAAUAAUUCAUCCUUUCCGUCCAGCACGCACAAAUGGAUGUCACCUGUUCCCUUGCCUGUCUCUCCAAGGCUCCCCAGCCCUCAGCAGCAUCACAGGAUCCUCCGGCCCCCUUCACUGCCUGCUGAGAGGGAAGCCGCUCUUGAUGACUCUCUUGGUAGAAAGAGCCGUGCUUUCUCUGGGUCACCCUCUGCUGACACCUUGGAGCCCCCACUCUCUGCAAAGGUCACGGAGACCAAAGGAGCCAACGCGACCUCCCUCAGAGCGGGCCAACCUCGGUUGGUACCUGGGGAACCUUUGGAAAAGAGCUUGGGGCCUGGGAGGACCGCAGCUCAGCCCCAGCACCGGUCACCUCCAGGCAUCCCUUCUGAGGGCUUCCCCCGGGACUGCUUCAGUGAGCAGACAGCAGCUAAAGACCUUCCCAGCAGGGAUGGAGGUGCAUGGGUCCUGGCCUACAGAGCAGGACCAGCCUGUCCCUUUCUGCUCCAUGAAGAAAAAGAGAAGCCCAACAGAAGCAAAUUGUGCUUGGAUCUCCAUCCCGACCACAGCCCCACUGAGCAGGACGAUAGGACUCCUGGCAGACUCCAAGCUGUCUGGCCACCCCCAAAGACAAAAGACACAGAAGAAAAAGUGGGAUUGAAGUACACUGAAGCAGAAUACCAAGCUGCUAUUCUACACCUGAAGAGGGAGCACAAAGAAGAAAUUGAAAACCUGCAGGCUCAGUUCGAACUUCAAGCCUUUCAUAUCCGGGGUGAGCAUGCGGUGAUAACAGCGAGACUAGAAGAAACCAUUGAAAAUCUCAAAUACGAGAUAGAACACCGAUGGCGAGGAGGAUGUGAAGCGAUGAGGGAUGUGUGUGUCUCCACCGACGAUGACUGCCCUCCAAAGGCUUUCAGAAAUGUGUGCAUCCAGACAGACAGAGAGACUUUCCUCAAACCCUGCGAGGGUGAAGACAGGACAACCAGAAGUAACCAAAUAAUACCCAGAAAGCUGAAUAUCUCCUCUUUAAGCCAACUCUCUCCCCCAAAUGACAGCAGAGACACCAGUGUACCGCUUCAAUCUGCGGAAAGCAUCUCAUCGAGUCAGCAGAAGGCAACGCCUCCCGCUCCCCCUCCCCCUCCCGCACCACCCCUACUGGCAGCCAUCCCUCCCCCUCCUCCCCUCCCACCCGCACUUGGACCUUUGCCACUGGCACCUCCGCCACCACCUGUGAAUACUGGACCUCCUCCACCUCCGCCACCUCCUCUGCCUCCAAGUGCUGGACCUCCCCCCCCUCCCCCACCCCCCCCACUUCCUCACUCCACCGCUCCGCCACCCCCAGGACCUGUGCCUCCACCUCCCCCUGGACUCUUCUUCGGAGUCAACCCUUCUGCUAGCCAGUGUCCUCGGAAGCCAGCCGUCGAACCCAGUUGUCCCAUGAAGCCUUUGUACUGGACUAGGAUACAAAUAAGUGAUAAGAGCCAAAAUUCUACACCAACCUUGUGGGAUUCCUUAGAAGAACCUGAUAUUCGGGAUACUAGCGAAUUUGAGUAUUUAUUCUCCAAAGACACACCUCAGCAGAAGAAGAAACCUCUGUCAGAGUCCUAUGAGAAAAAAAACAAGAUCAAAAAGAUCAUCAAGUUAUUGGAUGGAAAACGAUCUCAAACUGUGGGAAUCUUGAUAUCUAGUUUGCAUUUAGAAAUGAAGGAUAUCCAGCAGGCCAUUUUUAACGUGGACGAUUCCGUGGUGGAUCUGGAAACCCUGGCGGCCUUAUACGAAAACAGAGCCCAAGAGGAUGAACUCGUUAAAAUAAGAAAGUAUUAUGAGACAUCCAAAGAGGAAGAAUUGAAGCUACUGGAUAAACCUGAGCAAUUUUUACACGAGUUAGCCCAGAUCCCUAAUUUUGCUGAACGUGCCCAGUGUAUAAUCUUCAGAUCUGUCUUUUCUGAGGGCAUUACUGCCGUGCACCGAAAGGUAGAGAUCAUCACACGAGCUUCUAAGGGCUUGCUGCAAAUGAAGAGUGUGAAGGAUAUUUUGGCUCUCAUUCUGGCUUUUGGAAACUAUAUGAAUGGAGGAAAUAGGACUCGGGGACAAGCAGAUGGAUAUAGCUUAGAAAUUCUGCCCAAACUCAAGGACGUCAAAAGUCGGGAUAAUGGGAUUAAUCUGGUGGACUAUGUUGUGAAAUAUUACCUGCGUUACUAUGAUCAGGAAGCAGGAACAGAAAAGAGUGUUUUCCCCCUGCCCGAACCACAAGAUUUCUUUCUGGCCUCCCAAGUCAAAUUUGAAGACCUUAUAAAGGAUUUGAGAAAACUGAAGAGGCAACUAGAAGCAAGUGAGAAACAGAUGGCAGUGGUGUGUAAGGAGUCACCAAAGGAGUAUCUGCAGCCGUUCAAGGACAGACUCAAAGAGUUCUUCCAGAAAGCCAAAAAAGAGCAUACAGUGGAAGAAAGUCACUUGGAGAAUGCACAGAAAAGUUUUGAAACAACAGUAGGAUAUUUUGGGAUGAAGCCAAAGUCUGGUGAGAAGGAGAUCACACCCAACUACGUGUUUAUGGUGUGGUAUGAGUUCUGCAGUGACUUCAAGACGAUCUGGAAACGGGAGAGUAAAAACAUAUCUAAAGAAAGAUUGAAAAUGGCUCAGGAAUCAGUCAGCAAGUUAACAGCAGAGAAGAAAGUGGAGACAAAGAAAAUUAACCCCACGGCUAGUCUGAAAGAAAGACUGCGUCAAAAGGAAGCCAGUGUGAGCACCAACUAACACAGAGACACAGGAGAGCAGUGA